AGUUUUUUCUUUGCUUGCGCGCUUUGGAUUGAGGUUAUGUUGAGCUGUCAAGUGCGUGCGCGAAUGUCUGAGCACGAACGAGUGUUUAUCCCGUCCGGGAUGUUCACCUUCAAGCUGGGCGACUCCUUCGGCAGCUACAGUGAGCUGGAGGAGCGCCUGGAGGCGCACAGCAAGGAGAGCUUCGUCACGUACUGGCGUCGGGACACGAGAACUGUGAAGGGGGCGCACAGGAAGACGUCUCGGCCGAUCUCGAGCAAUCUCAUUUACUACUCCCUGCGCCUGGCGUGCGUCUUCGGGGGCCAGAAGUUCUCCCCGCGGGGCCAGGGGAAGAGGAGCUGUCAGACUCUGCGAUCUGACUGUCCGGCCUACAUUACGCUGCGCGCCUCGAAGUGUGGCCAGAAGCUGGAGGUGAUUUCCGUCUGCAAUGCCCACAAUCACGAGCUGUCGGAGAGACUGAACAAAUCCCUGCCGCAGAACAGGAAACUGCCGCCGGACAUGAAGGAGGAGGUGCUGCUGCUCCUCACCACGGACGUGACGAGGGUCUUUGUCAUCGAGUACAUCCGGCUGAAGACGGGGAAGGAGCUGACGAAGAAGGAUCUGUUCAACAUGGCGGCCACGUCUCGCCGGAAGGACGACAAGAGAGUGAAUUCGCAGGCCAGAGUGGCGGACGCGAUGAACAAUAUGAAGGCAUUUCUGCUCAAGCACUCGCCCAUGUAUCAGCGGAUGCAGGAGGAAGCGUUGCGGAGCAAGGCGACCCAGGAUUUCGAGGAUUCGGAGGACUCAAUCACGUGUGUGGAUCCCGAGAGGGAGGAAUCAAUUGUGGUCUCGUCGGCAGAGUCGGAAAUUGACAUGGAGCAGCAGUACGAGUUUCCUUCUGGCCAGCUGAUUGGCUCUGAGAACUCCUCAAUACUGGAGAUCAUGCGCGAGACUCCGCAGACUGGCCAGUACGUGGAGUACAUCGUGGAGUCGCCAGAGCAAGUGUACCGGGAUGAAACGCCUGCGAACACAGACAUCAUUCAGUUGGCGCCGGAAAAGGCCAGACGACGGAAGCGCUGGAAAUCCUCUAGCUACUGCCGCUGCAGAUGCUCCUCACUGAAACUGCUGGAGCUGAAGAUGAAGUUCCUGCGAAUGAAGUGCCGGAAGAUGCGUCUAGUUGUGCAGGAGUUGGAGAUGAGAAAGAGACAAUUGUCGAGGGAAAAUCAGCAAUUUCUACUUCAGGUUUAGAUCUACAACCAACUGAAAGAGGUUGUCCAGGAGCUCCCUAUCCAUCAGCGCCGACUUGGAUUGUCUCGUCACUUCCUGACACAGAUCUUCGGUUUGAAUUACUCGCACAAUUUCCUGGGAAAGCUGUGAGAAAUGAAAUGAGUGAGAAAAUUACACAAUAUGGACUUGUCUUUUGAUACCUUUC